AUGUCACAAUCAGAUAAACAUCCUUGGUUAAAACUUUUAAAAUCUCAUGAGUCGGAAGUUGUUUCCAAUUUAAUUGAGUUAGCUAUUGAUGUUCAUAACGACAGUAGAAUAAUGACCUUAUCUGCGAAUUCCUGGCCAUCUAGGUCACUCUCUAAAAUACAUUCUGACCCUCAAAUUUCAACUUAUCAUGAACAUGGUUUAGACUCAAAUUUCGUUAGUUUUAAUCCUUCUGAUGCUGUCCUACAUUAUAAAGAUCCAAAUAUUUAUCGUGAAAUGUAA